AUGACGCACAAGCCUGACCUGGAGCACUCCAACUCGGAGCCAGGCUUGUGCGAGGGCCGGCCCGUCAACCUCUCGGCCACCCGGCCACUUCCCAAGCCCGGCCCGGCCCGGCCUUAGAAAAGCCUCAAGCAAAAAUGGCCGGCCCGGCCCAAAAAGCUCAAAUUUUUUUCAUGUCAAACUUUUCGCUUUUUUAACGAGAAAAGUGGGAUUAUUUACUUAUUUUUCCUCAUAGAGUUAUAAGAAACUAUGAUUUAUAUAUCAAGUGAAAAAUAAUUUUUUUCGGCAAAAUUUUUUAAAAAAAUGAAAUUAAAGAUUUUUUUCAAAGCCCGGCCUGGCCCGAGCCCGCGCGGGCUUUUUUUGAAAAAAAUUGAGGCCCAAAGCCGGGCCGGCCCGCCCGGCCUGACGCACUCUGCCAGAAUGGCGCACGGUGCGGUCUAGCCUUGAGCACUUCGGUGCGUAACUUGGGCCUGCACCGUGCAACAUCGGUGGUUUUUUGGUGCCAUACGGGUGCAUAUGUGUCAAAACAGUGCUUUUAGCGUGCUGCCCCACUGCGGCACCAAAAAAUCACCGAUAUUGCACGGUGCAGGCCCAAGUUACGCACUGAAGUGCUCAAGGGUAGACCGCACCGUGCGCCAUUCUGGCAGAGCACAAGCCUGCUCGGAGCGAAAAUGCGAGAAAGCAUUUUCGCCCCAUCGCUCUUCGAAUUUUCGUUUUCGAUUUCGCGUACAUUCGCUGACUCAUUUUCAGGCUUGUGCGAGGGCUGGCCCACCAACCUCUCUCAGAAGAAGCCCGACCUGGCCCGAGCCCACACAGGCUUUUUUUCUGUGGAUUUUGACUUUUUUUAGUUUAAUUUUGUCUUAUAAAGAGGAUAUAUUAUUAAUAAAUAUUUCUUUGAAUUUAUAUAAGAAAAGUUUGAAUGGUUUUUUUUACGAGAAAAGUUUUACUUUUUGUGCGCAGAUGUUUAUGAUCAAAUUUUUUUAAACUCGAAAAAGCAAAUUUCACAUAUUGUGAAAUCUUUUUUUUUCACCUCUUCUUGUUAGCAAGGGCACUAGGGUGCGUAUAUUUAUUUUAGAGUUCGCUCUCUCACACGCGAUAUCAUCGUGAUAUAUAAUUUCCAGACAAUUCACGAUGAAACGGAACUCAAUAGACAAAGAUAAUCUCGACUUCUAUGAACUUCUCGGCUUGGAAAAAACUGCUUCCGAAGCCGAAAUUAAGAGUUCGUAUAGAAAGUUGGCUUUGAAAUACCACCCAGAUCGAAAUCCUGGAGAUGUCCAUGGUACGCCUUUUUUAUCCCUUUUUUGCAUUAAAAUCGUUACAGCGCAAGAAGAGUUCAAAAAAAUUUCUAUCGCCUACUCAGUUUUGUCCGAUCCUAAUAAAAGAAGGCAGUACGAUGUGAGCGGACCGUCUUCGAGCCAAUUAGAUUUCGAAGGUUUCGACGUCACCGAAAUGGGCGGUGUCGGUAACUUUUUAUUUUUUUAAAAGCAUUAAAAAACUGAUCAUUUUUGAAAUCCAGGACGUGUUUUUGGCGCCCUUUUUACGAAACUGGGCGUUCCCAUACCCACCCAAAUUGUUCCCAAGGUAAUACAUUUUUUAGCGAGCGGUCUUUUUCAAAACAAAUUGAUUUUCUUUAUCUCAUAUUUUUCCAGGUUCUUGCUCAAGCCCGAGAUCUGUGCCUGGGACAAGAGUGUGACGCGACUUCUAAACAGUUAGUUCCAGGAGAGGUUAUACAUGCUAGCGUCGGAAAACAGGUUCAUUCGCUUUUUUUUCUGAGCUUAUCAUUGUGCAGCAAGGACACUUCUACAACAUGACAAUGAGAGAUGAGUGGCGCCAGAACGGUAUUAUGAUUGUUUGCAAAUCUUCUUCUUCGAGCAAGUUCAAGCUCGUGUUGUUUGAUAAAGAAGGCGGCGUCAGACUGAUUCAGGUGUUCGAAAAAUUUCUCUAGUUAAAACAAACGUUAUUUGAAGGAGAGCCAAAAGAAAAAGUCUGGUACGCAGUCGGAAAUGUUCUUCGUGCCUUUCACAAUCGCUAAUCUUGGUGAAUUUGUUCCGAUGAAGUAUCACUUAGAAGAUAAGUAAGUUUGGAAAAAAAGUCCUCUUUACGGUUUGAGCUGCCAAAAAACUGAUGGUAGGAAGGAAUUUUGGGUUCCCGAAUAUUCGUGAGCGUUAAUUGUGCAUACACCAAUCUUGGAGGCUCGAAUCUUUGCAAACGAUUCUUGGAAAUAUUCACCUCUUUUUCUGAUUUUUUUAUAAUUUUUUUCCAAUGUUUUUUUGUUAACAGAAGUUGAUAGAGAAUAUAUAAGAGUGAAUGAAAAUGUGGUAGCCGUUCUGCAGAGAAUAUUUGACUACGUGUAAGCGAGAAAGACGCAUUAUUUGAUAAGAAGUUAGUUGAAAAAAUCAUAGUGUUCAUUUGUGGUCGAAACACGACAUCUUCACAAUAGAACGACAAAGGAAAAAAAAUGUAGGAAAAAAUAGAAGGAAAUUCAAAAAAGAGGGGAAUAUUCCCAAGAAUCGUUUGCAAAGAUUCAAAUUUUCAAAAACCCAAUUUUGUGGACUAUAUCGCAGCGAGAGUAACGCUAUACCGCGGGGGAGCCGCGAGCGAUAUCGCUCGCCUCUCGCUGCGACCUCGCAAACGUCUUGCGCUACAUCGCUCUCUGAAAUAUUUUUCUUCAAAAAUGUUUUUUUCUUGAAUUUGAUUGAUUUCAUCAUAAAAGUCAAAAAUAAAGCAAAAAAAAUGUUUUUCAAAUUUCAAAUUUUUGAGAGGGAGAUAUGGCAGCAAGACUUUGACGAGGUCGCAGCGACAUGUUGGCGAGAUCGCAGCGAGAAGCCUUGGCUAUAUCGCGUGCGGCCCGCUGCGAUAUCGGCAAUUAUGUUGGGGGAAGAUUCGAGCCUCCAAGAUUGGUGUAUGCACAAUUAACGCUCACGAAUAUUCGGGAACCCAAAAUUCCUUCCUACCAUCAAAAAACUUUCUCUAAUUGAUUUUAAUAUAACCGGAAAUGUGCUGAUAAGCUCGUUUACUUAACUAUGUCGAAUGUUUUUUUUUGGGGGGUAUUUAAUUAAAUUAAAUAGUGAUCUUAAGGCGAAUAUUUCCAGAAUCGAUUUAAGGAAAAGUUGGAUUUUUUUUUUCUAAAGUGGCUUUAUUGGGAUAGUCUUUCGGCUUGAUUUUCGUAGCUUGCUCCUUGAUAACCUUAACAAUGCACGAUAUGGUUAUUUCAAUUCACUGGACCGUUUGCGUAAUGAUUUUUGUUGCAGAGACAAAUCAUCGUUAAGAUUUUGAUGUGAUAUUUUUCUGUCCUCAGAGAAACUCCGUUGCCUUUCCACUACUUGGACACGUUGGAGACCCAAGUCGCCCAGCUUCUAGACACGAGAACCCAUCAUCUUUGCGUUUACGGAGACAACUGGAUCAACGAUGUCAAGUAUUACAGAUUUUCAGAAUUUUUUUUUCCCAAAUCACCAUGUUUAGGUAUAGUAUUUCAUUCGUCCCCGUUUCUCCUGAUGCAACUAGCCCCCUUCUUGAGAUAUCUGAGGCAACACCGAUCUUUUGGUUUUUGUUUAAUUUGAACGUUUAGCUCGAGAAGUGCUUGACCGAGAAGAAGUCUGAAAUGUCCAAGUUUCAGAAGGAAUUUUUGGAAGCCAGGAAGAAGUCGGCUGUUCCCAUUACAUAUGGAAAAAAAAAUGAUUUUUUUUUAAGGUAUGAAGAAGCUUGCGAGCGCUUGAAAGCAGAAGACAAAGGCAUACAAGAAGAUCUGAAGAAAAGAGAAAAGCUUUACGAUGACGUCAUCAAUAGAAGCCACGCUGUUUAUUACACCCAGGUUUUAACUGACAGUAAGAUAUCCUUUUUCACGCAUUUUCCAUUUUCUAGGUUUCUCCGAGCAGAUCUUCCAAAGGCCUUUUCGGUUGGCUUAGUGGAAAGUAA